GCCGUGCUGUUAAUAAUGCACCCCCCCAUACACACGUUAUAGAUUGCAAACUCCCUACCAAACUGUAUCUCUCCCUCUCCCUCUCUCUCUGGCAUGUCCUUUUCUAAGCCCGCAUUCACAUUUGGUCUCGGUUUCUUUGAUCAAUCAAGUAAUCUCUUUCCAUCUCCUUAAAAAAAAAAUUCUCAAACUUUGAUGGGUUUUGUUCGAUUCUGAUCUCAAGCUUCUUGGGUGGGAAUAAGAUGAAGAGGUUAAAGAAUGAACCUUCUAGUACUAGGAGGUGCAAGCUGUCGCAUUUGUUGUUGGUUAUAGGAGCAUUGUACUUGGUGUUUUUAGCAUUCAAGUUUCGACAUUUUUUAGAGAUUGCAGCAAUGGUGAGUGGGGGUGAUAGUUAUGUUGGAUUGGAUUCGUUUUCCAUGGUAAAAGAUGUUGAAGAUUCUGAUUUAAGCAAAUCGUUUUUUAGUUCGGUUUAUAAGGAUACGUUUCACCGGAAAUUAGAAGAUAAUCGAAACCAAAACGCACCGAUGAUGCCCAGUAAGGAACCUUUGGAAGAGGAGAAAAGAGGGGGGACAAAAACUAUAAAACCAAUUCAGUAUCCUUAUGGUCGAAUAACAGGAGAAUUUAUGAGGCGAAGGAAUGCAACUAGGAAUUUUUCACCAUUUGAGAGAAUGGCAGAUGAGGCUUGGCUGCUUGGAUUAAAGGCAUGGGAAGAAGUGGAAAAUUAUGAUGGAAAGGAGAUUGGACAGAGUUCUUUAUACGAGGGGAAGAUUGAGUCAUGUCCUCUGUGGGUAUCCAUGAGUGGCGAGGAGUUCGCUGGAGGGGAAAAGUUGAUGCUUCUUCCAUGUGGUUUAGCAGCAGGGUCAUCUAUAACCAUUGUGGGAACACCCCAUCAUGCACACCAGGAGUAUGUACCCCAGCUUACAAGGUUGAGGAAUGGUGAUGGCACUGUUAUGAUUUCACAGUUCAUGAUUGAGUUGCAGGGGUUGAAGUCAGUGGAGGGGGAGGAUCCACCGAAGAUUCUACAUUUAAAUCCUCGAUUGAGGGGAGAUUGGAGUCGGCAUCCUGUCAUUGAGCAUAAUACCUGCUAUAGGAUGCAAUGGGGGACAGCUCAAAGGUGUGAUGGUUUGCCAUCCAAGAAAGAUGAGGACAUGCUGGUUGAUGAACAUUUGAGAUGUGAGAAAUGGAUGCGGGAUGAUAAUGUAGACUCAAAAGAGUCCAAGACAACAUCGUGGUUUAAGAGAUUUAUAGGGCGUGAACAGAAACCUGAAGUGACCUGGCCAUUUCCUUUUGUGGAGGGAAAAUUGUUUGUCCUGACCUUGCGUGCUGGUGUUGAUGGAUACCAUAUUAGUGUUGGGGGCCGGCAUGUGACCUCAUUUCCAUAUCGUCCGGGAUUUACCCUUGAAGAUGCAACGGGAUUAGCAAUCAAAGGAGACAUGGAUGUUCAUUCAAUUUUUGCCACUUCUCUACCCAGAUCACAUCCAAGCUUCUCUCCUCAAAGAGUAUUGGAAAUGUCAGAAAAGUGGAAAGCUCAUCCUUUACCAAAGAGGCCAAUUCAAGUUUUUAUUGGGAUUCUAUCAGCUACAAAUCACUUUGCAGAACGCAUGGCAGUUAGAAAAACUUGGAUGCAAUCAUCAGCAAUCAAGUCAUCAAAUGUAGUUGCUCGUUUUUUUGUUGCAUUGAAUCCAAGGAAGGAGGUGAAUGCAGUACUAAAAAAAGAGGCAGCAUACUUUGGUGAUAUUGUGAUUUUGCCGUUUAUGGAUCGAUAUGAGCUUGUGGUUCUUAAAACUAUUGCUAUUUGUGAGUUUGGGGUUCAGAAUGUUUCUGCUGCGUACAUUAUGAAAUGUGAUGAUGAUACAUUUGUUAGGGUUGACACUGUCUUGAAAGAAAUUGACCGUACCUCUCGCUCCAAGUCACUUUAUAUGGGCAAUCUCAAUCUAUUACAUCGUCCUCUAAGAAAUGGCAAAUGGGCAGUUACUUUUGAGGAAUGGCCUGAAGCAGUAUACCCUCCUUACGCUAAUGGACCUGGAUAUGUAAUUUCUAGUGAUAUUGCUAAAUUUGUCAUCGCUCAACAUGGCAAACAAAGCCUCAGGCUCUUCAAGAUGGAAGAUGUUAGUAUGGGAAUGUGGGUUGAACAAUUCAACAGCUCCACCCCUGUCCAGUACUCCCACAACUGGAAAUUCUGUCAAUAUGGAUGCAUGGAGAACUAUUAUACUGCACAUUACCAAUCCCCAAGGCAGAUGAUCUGUCUAUGGGACAAGUUGGCGAGAGGUCGGGCUCAAUGUUGCAACUUCAGAUGACAUAUUUUAUCAGAUGUCUCCGAGGAGCCUUUAGAUGAUGGCGGCAGCUUUAUUACACUGGUUGACACGUGUUCAUAUUCUUGUCCUUAUUUUAUGCUUGGACCCUCUGGUCAGGUCACCUUUGCCGAUUUUGUUCAUUUAAGUGGGCUCUAGAGAUGGCUGUUUUUUAAUUGCAGCCUUUGAUUUUUGAAGAACAGACUUUUCAUCUUGUAAUUGAAAUGGCUUCUAGCCAAGGCCAAAACAUCUCGGCUUGAACUAAAAGCUGGAGAAAUUGUAUAUACCCUACUUUCUAUUACAAGUAUCGAUUCUGUUA